AUGGCAGCUCAACAAAAAGAGACCAAGGGGAAAGGUAACAAAAUGAAGGAGGAGUGGAAUGAUCAUCCCAAUGGGAAGGACUCUGAAGAGGAGGCAGAGUCUGAGGCGGAAUCAUAUGAAAAGAAGGUCGAAGUCAAAGCGACCAAAAAAGAUGGGAGAGGCGAAGAUGUCGACGAUGACGAUUACGAUGAGGAAUUAGAGGAAGACUCAGAUAAAAAUGACGAUAAUGAUUCUAGUGAGGAUUCUAACACGGAGGAAGAAGAUGAUGAGUCGGAUGAAAAUGGCGAUGAUGAUUCUGACGAAGGAUCCGAAGAAGAUUCUAAUGAUACUUCCGACAACGAUGAUGAUUCCGACGACAAUGAGGAUGAAUCUGAGGAAGAACCUAAGCCGAAACCAGAACCCAAACCAAAGUCCAGGCCAAUGCCAAUACGGAAGCCCAUGUGGAGGUCUAGGUCUAAAUCGAAGACUUCUAAACUCACUAAGAAGUGA